AUGGUUAGGAAGGAUCUACUGAGAGAUGGAAGAAAUGCUCAUCAGGGAAGAGAGCUGGAAGACGUUGGGAAUAUACCAUAUGACGCAACUGAGGAACAGCUUAUAGAUAUCUGCCGGGAGGUUGGUCCAGUUGUGUCUUUCAGAUUAGUAAUUGAUAGAGAAACUGGGAAACCAAAAAGUUAUGGUUUCUGUGAGUAUAAGGAUGAAGAGACGGCUCUAAGUGCGCGUUGUAAUCUUCAGGGUUAUGAGAUCAAUGGCCAGCAAUUGCGGAUUGACUUUGCUGAAAAUGACAAAGGUGCUGACAGAAAUCAGGAACAGGACCUGGACUUGCUGCUAAUGUUGCCAAUUGGUCUCCAUAUAGCUAUAACUGUAGCAGCUGUCAUGGCAGGAACUCUAGGUGGUGCUAAGGCUGGUAUACAGUCAAAUCCAAAUAGUUUGUACAACCAUUCAGCAUCAGCCAACAAUCCUUUAACUCUUCUUGCCAAAAUGUCUAGGAGUCAGCUGAAUGAAAUAUUGUCUGAGCUGAAAGUAAUGGCUACAGAAACCAAGGAACUAGCUCACCGGCUAUUGCUUGCAAGACCACAGUUGCCAAAGGCUCUUUUUUAGGCACAGAUAAUGCUAGGAAUGGUGACUCCCCAAUUGGUUGGUUUCAUACUUGAGCUUGUUUCAUUCCUUGCUCAGGCUUGUAGUCUUGUCACAAGAAGGCAGACUUCAGGUCAAUCCACUCAGCCUCCAUUGCAUGAUAGCCAGCAGGGCCAGCCACCAGCAGUGCAAACUCUUCCUAGGCUACCCCGUCCUGGAUCAAACGAGAUGCAGUCUGGGUUGAUAGCCAAAGUGCAAGAAAAUCAAGUUGCUGGAGUGCCUCAAAAUUCUUUGGUUCGCAGCCAAUUUUCUGCAUUCCCACAACCUCAAAACCAGUUUCCACAACCUACAAACAACCAUAACGUACAGCAGUCUACAAUUUCUGCACAGUCUACAGUCUCAGUAUUUCCUGUUGUAUUACCCCCAUCUUUGGUCAGUUUAUCCUCUAGACCACAAAUACUAGCAGCAAAUUCCUCUUCUUUGAACCAUCAUAUACAGCCCCCUUCGCUACAACGCAGUGGACAGGUUGGGGCUGCCAGUUUAUGCUUUCAGUAUAUAUCUGCUCAAGUUCCUGAUAGUGGAACUCGGGUCCACAGAAGUAAUGCAAAUUCUAAUGCUCCUUCAGGGAGCAUUUUUCAAGAUUCAUCAGAACCAAUUGGUCACCCUCCAAAGCUGACGAAAUUGGAUGACGGAAGGAUCACCUCUUUCUCAGCAGGAAGUUUGAAUGCAACCAACGUCAAUGGAUCUGGACCAUCUCAAGUUUUUGGAGCUGGCUCAUUGCCUAUGAAUCCAGUUACAAAAUCAGAAGGGAAAUAUACUGAGAAACAAAUUUACGAGUCACAGCUUCCACCUGAGGUGGAGUCUGUCUUGCUGCAACAGAAGCUGACACCAGAGCAGCUGAGUUCAUUGCCUCCAGAACAGCAACGAGAAGUUAUUCGACUCCAACGGGUUCUUCGGAAAGAUCCAAAUCAGCCGUCUUAGGAGAGGGAGUGACACAUAAAUGGGUCAUCAAUGCAGCAAGCCUGUCUUGGCACAUUGCAUGAAAGACAAGAGCUUGCUGUCCAUUCAAUCGAUUUCUAAUUGCCUGUAAAAUUAUUGCUCUCGAGGGAUCAUGUGUGAGCGUCCAUUCGCAUAAAGUUUAGGGGGCUGCGAUUAACAUGCCUGCAAAAGAAUAGUUAGAAGAUAAUAAAAUGUCUUGUCUAA